AUGCUCUCUUUGCGAGACAAAGUAUGGAAACAUAUAUGGAGAACACCUGGGGAUGGAACGAGCAUAAAUUUAUGGUAUGACAAUUGGCAUGCAGUUGGCCCAUUGAUCAAUAUCAUAACGGAAGAUGAAAGGAACAUUCAUAGGCUUCCCAAUGACCUCACGGUGCAUCAGUUUUGCAGUAAUCAUAGCUCGGGGUGGCCUUGGGGAUGGGGAGUUCGGUUUCCUAAUAUCCAUCUCCAGGGUCUUCCUAAUCUCCAAAUUAACAAAUAUGAUGGGGUUUAUUGGAGGGAUUUGGAGGGAAGGAGUGUUGAGUUCUCCCCUACUCAAGUGUGGAAGGAUACUAAGAUAGCUAGCCCGGUCGUUCUUUGGUAUAAGGUGGUUUGGUUUAAGCUCAACAUACCAAGUCAUGCUUUCAUUCUUUGGCUAGCCAUUCAUGAUAGGUUGAUGACCCAGGAUCGAAUGCAUAUAUGGUUGAAACAAAUAAUCGAGUACCAAAUACCCCGCCUUCAAUGCAAUCACAUACAAACAGAAAUUGAGAAACUUGCUCUGCCUGCCACGAUCUAUUUCAUUUGGAAAGAAAGGAACUCUCGCCAUCACAAUGGAAGCACAACUUCCCAAGCAAAACUUAUGAAUCAAGUUCUUAACUCUUUGAAAACUCGGCUAUCUGGUCUUCCCUUCAAAUGGUCCGGCUCCUAUGGAAGAGGUGUACAAAAGAUGGAAAAUCCCAAGGCCUAG